AUGCCGUUUGAGAACCAAUAUCCAACGCAAUCACUCGGUGAGGAUGAAGAUGAAGAUGAAGAUGAAGAGGAAGUUCAAGUUCAAAACAAUGAAGUAAUUAAAGUUAAUAAAGGGAAGCAGAAGAAGGACAUGUGGUUUGCAGAAGAAGAAAAAUACUUGGUGCCUGCUUACAUUAAUUGUUCCGGUGAUCCAGAGAAAGGAACAGAUCAAAAAAAGGAAGCGGUAUGGAAUGAAAUCAAAGGAUCUUACGACGCAUCAGUUGUUAAUAAUCUGAAUGUCUUGCACAAAAGAACCAUGAAAUCUCUUAAAAAGCGUUGGGGUCAAAUCAACGAAGCUGUUACUUCGUGGGUUGCAGCACUUGGUUUAGCUGAGCGUAUGCAAGCUAGUGGUGAGGUUAUUAACGACCUAGAGGAAAAAGCACAUGAACUUUACAGACAUAAAAGGAAAGAUGGUCAACCUUUCAUAUUUCACCAUUGUUGGUUAGGAAUGCAACACCUUCCAAGAUGGAUGCAUGGUAGAGAUUCAACCAUUGUGAGUGAAGGGAGUUCUAAGAGAUCGAGCGAUGAAGCCGGAAUGCCAAAGCGUCCCGACGGGGUGAAGAAAGUGAAAGCCCAGAAGAAACUGAAAGGUGUUACAACUAGCUUGGAUGAAUUCAACAACACUUUAAGUGGGAUGUCAAAUGAGCGAGGUAUGAUAAGAAAAGAAAUGUCUGAUAUGCUCGAGUACCAAAAACAUCGAGAUGAAACCAAAUUGAGGUUUAAGAUGUUUCAAUUUUUGAUGACAAAGUCGCAUCUUGAACCAUUUGAGGAAGAGUAUCUUGCGAAGCUGAAGGAAGAGUUUAUGAAGUAA